AUGGCGGAGCCCCGGAGGGUUCAGCUGACCACCGUGACCUGCGCCGCCCCAGCCCCGGCCCCGGUCCCGGCUCCGGCCCAGGCCCCGGAGCCUCCCCUCGGGCCGUGGCAGGAGCGGAAAGCCGCCCCGGACAGCGGCUCCGUGCGGCUCGUCCUCCGCCUGUUCGAACCCGAUGAGCAACACUUUCCGGAGUUUAGCUACAUUCAGCUCCUCGAAGACCAGGGAGGCAAACCUAAAAAGAAAAAGGACCGAAUUCAGGACUUGAUCGAUAUCGGAUACGGUUAUGAUGACCAGGACUCCUUCAUUGACAAUUCUGAGGCUUAUGAUGAAUUUGUUCCGGCCUCAAUCACGACCAAAUUUGGAGGCUUCUAUGUGAAUUCUGGCACGCUGCAGUACCGCCAGGCCUCGGACACGGAGACCGACGAACUGACGGCGGAGCGGAAAACGCUCAGGCGGAAAACUGAAAAACAGAAACUGCCCGGCGGACAAGAUAAACCAAAGGCGAAGCGGCACAGAGAGAGGAAUGACGGUAUUGAUCCCCAUACGAGGAAUCCGAGUGACCCUGAACCCGACAAUGAGAUGAAGCUGAAACGAAAGAAGACGCUAAGCGUCACCAGCAUGCUGAAGAAGUUUGAGCGGGAAAAGGAGAGAGAGCGCUGGAAGACGGAGGCCGCGGUGCCGGGCGCGGCCCCUCCCCUCCCCGCCGACGCCGCCGGAGGCGGGGGCCUCGGACUGGCCGACCCCCUCCUCAGCCUGAUCGGCCUGACCAACGACCAGGCUCUGCUGCAGGCCGCCAGCACCGUGGAUUUCGACGUGGACUUGGACUCUCUGUUGGACGUCAGCGAAGAGACGGCGAUCCCGACCAGACCGGACGGUCAGAGUCACGCCGGCAGUUUCCCCGACGCCUCGGUUCAAAACCCGACGGCCAACUGGCAGCCGAAGCCGCCUCCAGAGUCGGCUCCGCUCCUGCCCGAAGGCGGCCCAGCGACUCCCUGCUCUCAGCUGCCGGACGGACUUCCUCCAGGACUGGAGGAGAGCGUCAGGAAGCUCACGGUGGCUGCCAAGACUUCCGAGGGGGAGUCCAAACUCAAGUUCUUCAGUCCAGACAUAAACUCCCUCCUGCUGGAUAUCGAGCUGCAGUGUCGAGAGCAGGCCGGCCCGCUGCGCUCCAGGGUGUACACACACCUGUCCUCCUUCCUGCCCUGCAGCAGAGACGCACUCCUGAAGCGAGUGAAGAGGCUGGUGACCACACACACGGAGGGAAACCUCGGAGUGGAAGAUGCCAUGAAGAAGCUGAGGGACGCCAUCUGGAGGUCCAUGCCGGAGCAGAUGGCGCUUUUCAGCAACCACUGCAAAGAGUACGAACAGAUCAAGACUUCCAAGGCAGUAGAUGAAGAUAAUGUGGAGGAGAAAGGUGGGAGAAGAGCACCACCAAAGAAGAUUUUCAAAUGGAACGAGGAGAUCAGGGAGUGCUUGAACAACGUGUUAAAUGAAAGAAUAAAUAAGUUUAAGGAAAGGAAGGAAGGUUUGGAGCUGGAGGAGUUUCUGAAGACCUUGUUGGACAAUGAGGUGAAGUCGCUGUGGCCCAAAGGCUGGAUGCAGUCACGUGUGCUGCUCAGUCAGAGCCGAAGGCUGCUGGGUCUGGUUCCUCCUCUACCGGUGAAAAGGGUCAAGACUGAGAAGAAGCAGUCGGAUCUGGGUGGGAUUCCAGCAGCGGCCGUGAGGGCGGACGUCCCUCCAGCAGCUCCUCUCGAGUCGACCGCCGUCACUGAGAAGGCCAAGAGUAAAGGCCUGGCUCCUGCAGGACCAGAGGGACUCAAACCCACGUCUGCUCCCGGCCCCCGGCUCCCACGUCUCCCUGCUGCAGCUCCUCUGGACGUCUCUCCAGCGAACCGCGCUGCUUCACCCCCGCUGCUGCAGCAAGGCGACGUCCAGAUCUACGUCAUCUCUGACAAUGAAUGCAUCACUAAACCCUGACGGAGCACCGAUGGAGACAGACUGAGGACGUGACAGGAUCCUGAUGGAAAAUAUAUGAAAACUGUUCAGUGUUCAGACUCUUCAUCUUAGUCACUGCUUCACUCUUUAAUAUCACUUUGUCAUUUGAACUUGCAUAAAAAAAAAGUUACAAAAAAAAAAUCUCCAAGAAAUAAAAGAUUAAGCAGCUUAUCUUUUUCUGACCUGAAAAGGAAGAAGUUCAAGGCUUUGAUGCAGUAGAAGGAUUUUCAUUUAUUGACUGUACAGUUUAAACAGAAUAAACCUCCCUUUA